AUGACUCCUCCAGCCUCCACCACGCCGUCCGCCUCGUCCCCGUGCCGUCUGGUCGCGUGGGUCCCGCUCCGCCUCACGCCCGCCCGCAGUCGGUCGAUCCGCCUCGCACGCACCCGCAGUCGGCCACGCCAGCCUCUCCUGCAUCCGCGGCGCCUCGUCCGCGCUUCGCAGCUCCGCGCGCCGCGCCUCCCGGCCGGCUUCCACCAAGUCCGCGCGCCCCACACCGCGAAGGCCUCCCGCGCCGAGUUCGGCCCCCUCCCGCGUCGCCCGGCUCCACCAGCUUCACCCUGGCCACAUCCGGCGCCGCUGGCCGGCUCCCGGCCACCUCCGCUGCCGGCCUCCGUGCCCCCGGCUGCUGCUGAGUCGCCUCCGCCGUCUGGCCUGCGUCGGCUGGUCGGCUCCCCCCAGACUCCGCGCUCGCUGCUGCCGCAUCUCGCUGAAUCCGAUUUUUGGAACAUGGAGUAUGACCACGAAGCUGCCAAGAAAGCCAGGGCCAAAACGAAAGCCGCCAAGAAAGUCGCCAAGAAGAAUAAGAAGAAAUUAACUACUUCCGAGAUGCUUGAACUGGACGACAGUUCUAAGUCGGAGGUAGCCCUUGAUUCCCUUGGCUCCUUUUUCAACUAUCUUAUUGACAAUGAUUAUCAUCAGGAUGACAUGGGGGCCAGUCAAGCGGUCGAAGAAGAGGACGCCACUGCUCAACUUCAAUCGCAAUUGGUUGAUGCAAAAACCCGGCUGGAGAAUCAAGAAUUUGAGAGCCAGAAAGCCGACUCGAAAUUCAAAUUUAGCUUGGCUGAAACAGAAAAACUGAAGACCAGUUUUGAUGCUGAAAGAACCACCUGGGCUGAAGAGAAAACUGCUCUGACGCAGCGGGCUGAAAAAGCGGAAGCUGCUCUUCAAGAGGAAGAGCAUUCGCCGGACUAUGUCCGGGGAUCUUGCCGGUCGUGCCUCCACCAGCCAGGAUCAUUAGAUGAACUGAAGGAGGCACUGAAAGUCACGCAAACGGGUGAACAAGAGGCCAAAACACAACUGGCCACGGGCGAAUGUGUGCUAACAUGGGUCAGGGAUGAUAAAAACAAGCUGCAGGAUUCCAACACCCUGCUGGGCGAAUAA